AUGUUUGUCGGCUGUAAAGGAUCGCUGUGGAGGGAUGAUGACUUCUCCAAGUGCUUCCAACGAAACUAUUUGCAAAUUUUCCUCCCUCUAAUAGCAAUCGGAGCGUCCAUCGCAUAUCUUCUGAUCCAACUGUUCGUCGCGUACAGCCGAUCCCGCCGACCCCAUGAAUAUAAACUCGCCGAUCCAGUUGGCAACGGCCAGCACAUAUGGCCAGCCGACGCCCCCCGAGUCGGACGCAAUGACUCCGCAUAUAACUCCGAGGACGCAUCCAGCGACGAACUCAACCAUUCGCCAACCCUCGACCUUCGACCCGUGAAGACCCAUGAGUCCGUCGUGGAAGUCGAUAAGCCGCUGGGCGAACUUUGGAUCGUCGUUUUGGAAGAGGCAGCCGUGCUGGCUACGCUUGGGAUACAGGCGGCAAGGCUGAUCCUUAAGGUGGAUGGAAGAUAUGGGCAACAUGCAGAGAUUGCGGGCCUGGUCGUCUGGGCGUACAUUGCGACGAUCGCUUCGCUUCGACUCCUCUUCUCCGCUACCCAUCGACUGUCGUUCCCGAAGUUGUGGUACCACACGGCAUUCAUCUAUGGGUAUCUCUGGGUAAUUUCGGUGUUGCUAUUCCGCUCCGCUCUCCUUCAUCCGCGAUCGGACCUGGCGCGAGGCUUGUCAAUCGCAGAGUUUUCGUUGACCAGCCUCCUGUUCUUGAUCUCCCUCACAUCCCGCAAGGGAAAUAAGGUGGUGGAAUUGGAGUAUGAAAAUGGCAUACAGCCUUCAAAAGAGCAGACUGCGAGCGUUCUCUCCCUCGCCACCUUUGGAUGGGUUGACGCAAUCGUGUGGAAAGGCUAUCAAAAGACGUUCGAGAUGUCCGAUGUCUGGAAUGUUUCUCCUCAUGACAAGGCGGCCUAUGUGAUCGCAACCUACCGUCAGCUCAAGAAGACGCACGCGCUCGCAUGGCAUCUCCUCCGCUUCUUCCGGAGACAGCUGCUGAUUCAAGCGGCCUGGGCCGGUCUAUCAGGUUUCUUGACCUUCGCCCCGACGCUUCUGCUGAAAGUCAUCUUGGAAUACGUCGAACAACCAUCGAUGUUUCCUCGAAACGCAGCGUGGUUCUUCGUCAUGCUUCUGUUCGUUUCCGGCUGCGCUUCAGCAUUGGCAGACGGACAAACAUUGUGGAUCGGCCGAAAGAUCUGUAUUCGGAUUCGUGCGGUCAUCAUCGGCGAGAUUUACUCCAAGGCAUUGAAGCGAAGGGUCGGAAAUUCUGGCGACAAAGUCUUAGGCCAAGAGAAAAAGCGAGCUGAUGGAAAGGGGGGUGGCUCCACGAUGAAGCGGCUAGUGCGAAGAUUUACGAUGAAGAAGAGCGAGGACAAGAAGCCCGCAGCAGUCGAGAUCGAUGAGGGGAUUGUCUCUUCUGGAGCUGUCAUAAAUUUGAUGGCGGUGGACUCGUUCAAGCUCAGUGAAAUUUGUGCCUACUUGCACUUCCUGUGGGCCGCGACACCGGUUCAAGUCAUAACUGCGGUCGUCCUGCUCUACCAAAUCCUCGGUUACAGCUCCAUCGCUGGUAUUGGUCUGAUGGCUGGACUUCUCCCGAUCAACCUCUUGAUCUCGAAGAAAUUCUCGUCCAUCCAGAAGCAGAUUCUGGCUGCCACGGAUUCGCGCAUCAACUCCACCAACGAAGUCCUGAGCAAUAUCCGCAUCAUCAAAUUCUUCGCUUGGGAACAACGCUUUAUUGGGCAAGUGGACGAAACGCGAUCCAAGGAGCUCGGUGCUCUUCGAAGAAAAUACAUGUGGUGGGCGACGGCUGCAACAGUGUGGUCUGGUUCACCGAUUGUGAUUACGUUCCUCUCGUUCUUCAUAUAUACGAUCAUUGAGAAACGAGACCUGGUGCCAUCCGUCGCGUUCACGGCCCUCUCCUUAUUCCAGAUCCUUCGCAUCCCCCUCGACCAGCUCGCAGACAUGGUUGCCCACGUUCAAGAAUCGAAGGUCUCCGUCGACCGUAUUGACGAGUUCCUAAAUGAGGCGGAAACCGACAAGUACAACCAGCUGCAUGACGAAGAUGAGGAUGAGGACGACGAGCAACUGAUCGGCUUCGAGAAAGGAACAUUCUCCUGGGGAUACAACCCCGCGAAUGGGAAAUUCUCUGAUGACGAUGACACUCCGAAGCAAGAUGAUGCCUUCCGGUUAAUGGACCUGAAUGUUUCUUUUUGUCCAGGCGAGUUAAACGUUGUCGUUGGACCAACGGGAUCUGGAAAGUCAAGCCUCCUCAUGGCCCUUCUCGGCGAGAUGACGUUACUGUCAGGGCGGGUUUUCCUUCCCGGUGGUCGAAGCAGAGAGGAUCUUAGACCAGACCCAGAGACCGGGCUCACCGAAUCGGUUGCAUACUGCGCGCAACAAGCAUGGCUAGUCAACGAUACCAUCCGGGAAAACAUUCUUUUCGCGGACACAUACGAUGCCCAGCGUUACAAGGAUGUCAUCGUUGCCUGCAGCUUGCAACGUGACUUGGAGAUUUUAGAUCAUGGGGAUCAGACCCUUGUGGGCGAGAAAGGCGUUACCCUCUCCGGUGGCCAGAAACAGCGCAUAUCCUUAGCUCGAGCGCUCUACUCCCACGCACGACAUGUCCUGCUUGACGACGUGCUCAGCGCCGUCGACUCCCACACCGCCAAAUGGAUCUUCGACCAAGCCAUCCUUGGACCGCUGAUGUACAACCGAACCUGCAUCCUGGUCACUCAUAACGUCGCCCUCUGCCUGCCGCACGCACACGAGGCCAUUGUCAUGGAAAACGGCCGCAUCGUCACCCAAGGGACCUCUCGAGAAGUCAUUAAUUCCGGGAAACUAUCCGAGGACCUCAGCAAGAGCGGGACCGUGUCGCCCGGACCGAGCCGCGUCGCCUCGAGGGUGCCGAGUGAUGUCGGAGUGGACGAACCGAACGAUAUUAAUGACUUGGCCCGGGCAACCAGUCGAGAUUCAGCAGCGACGGCCAUUAAUGACUCCGACGCCGACGGAUCGCCGAUGAAGCCGGCGAAUGGGCCUCCCUCCGGCUUAGAUGCUGCGACCGGCACCGAGCCGAUCGAAAUGCGACAGGGGCUCACCGAGACGAAAGCUGAAGGAGGCGUCAAGCUGGCGGUCAUCGCCCUCUAUUUCAAAGCCAUGGGCCGGUGGUACUAUUGGGUUGCUGCGGCUUUUGUAUUCAUCGCUCAACAGAUCACCAGCGUGGCGACGAACGUAUGGAUUCGCGAAUGGGCGAACGCUUACACGGUUCGACGGACAAGUGGAGCUAGCGCUCUCGAUUUGGAGCAAGACUACUCUCCAGCCCCAAAUACAAUGGCCGGCGCAACUCAUUUCGGUACCUUGUCCGGACUUGGAAGCUGUUUGAGCAGCGGAACUUGUCCCUGGGGCAUCCCAAGUUCCUGGAGCGGGAACACGAGUGACCACGGCAAAGCCAGAAGCCAUUAUGGAGCGAAUAUGCUCCCGUUCGCCUCAAACGACAAUAAAGAUGUCAAUCCCGGCUACUAUCUCACCAUCUAUGCGGUGCUUGGUCUCAUUUACAUGUUUGUCACAUUGGCUCGGGAAGGCGUUCUCUUCGCGGGAUCAUUGACGGCAUCGCGGAGGAUUCAUACGAGACUGAUCCAGGCCGUUUCCCGAGCCAAGUUCCGAUUCUUUGACUCGACGCCAUUGGGACAGAUCAUGAAUCGCUUCUCCAAAGACAUCGAGGCCAUCGACCAAGAGGUUGCUCCGACCGCCAUCGGCGUCAUCCAUUGCCUGGCUUCGAUUAUCACGAUUGUCAUCCUGAUUUCCGUGAUCACCCCCGCCUUCUUGAUCGCUGGGUUCUUCAUUUCCAUCUUCUACUUCCUCAUCGGGAAGUUCUAUAUCAACUCCUCUCGCGACCUAAAGCGGCUAGAGUCCAUCCAACGGAGUCCGCUCUACCAGCAAUUUGGUGAGACCCUCUCGGGAAUGACGACGAUCCGCGCAUAUGGAGACGAGCGACGAUUCAUCCGAGAGAACCUCGCCAAGAUCAACACCCACAAUCGACCAUUCAUCUACUUAUGGGCCGCCAACCGCUGGCUGGCGUUCCGCGUCGACGUGGUAGGCGCCAUGGUAUCGUUCUUCACAGGCGCCUUCGUUCUCCUUUCCGUUGGCAAGAUUGACGCUGGCGCGGCCGGUUUAGCGAUGACGUACGCCGUGACCUUCACCGAAAACGUGCUGUGGUUUGUCCGUCUCUACGCGGCCAACGAGCAGAACAUGAACUCGGUGGAGCGCAUCAAAGAGUAUCUCGACGUCGAGCAGGAGGCGGCCGCCAUCAUUCCGCACACGCGCCCCCCGAGCAACUGGCCGAGUCAGGGUUCGGUGGAGUUCAUCGCGUACUCCACGCGGUAUCGAGCAGACUUUGAUUUCGUGCUGAAGAAGAUCACGUUCAAGAUUGCGCCGGGCGAGAAGGUCGGCGUUGUGGGUCGGACGGGCGCCGGGAAGAGUAGCUUGGCGCUCGCGCUUUUCCGGGCGUUGGAGGCGGAAGAGGGGAAGAUUUUGGUGGACGAUGUGGACAUUGGGUUGAUUGGCCUGCAGGAUUUGAGGGAGAAUAUCGUGAUGGUGCCACAAGAUCCAACAUUGUUUACUGGUACCAUUCGAAGUAAUCUGGAUCCUUUCGGCCUGUUUACCGAUGAGGAGAUCUACGCUUCUCUCCGUGGUGUGCAGCUUAUCAGCGAGACUUUUUCGUCUACGGCAGCCACGAACUCGCCGGCGCGCCCUACCACACCCGCGGUCAAAUUAAACGCGGCCGAUACAACUGCCAGUUCAUCCGACGCCGAAAUCGACAUCCAUCCAUCCCAACCCAGUUCUGUCGACCCCCUCACCGCCGAAAACAAAAACAUCUUCCGCAACCUCUCCUCCCCCGUCACCGAAUCGGGCUCCAACCUCUCCCAAGGCCAGCGCCAACUCCUCUGCCUCGCCCGCGCGAUGCUGAAGACCCCGAAAGUCCUCCUUAUGGACGAAGCGACGGCCAGCAUCGACUACGCGACGGACGCGAAGAUCCAGGAGACGAUCCGCGAGCUGCAGAACACGACUAUCACGAUCGCGCACCGGCUGCAGACGAUUAUCGACUACGACAAGGUGCUGGUGCUAGACAAGGGCGCAGUCAUCGAGUACGGGGACCCGUACGACCUCGUGACGACGGAGGGGGGCACGUUCCGCGGGAUGUGCGAGACGACAGGCGAUCUGGAGGGGUUGGUAAGAGACGCAAAGACGGCGUGGAAGGCGAGGCAGGCUGAGCAUCAAAAGCCGUGA